AUGGCUAGAACAGAUCCUGAGCUUCAAACACUCCUACAACCAUUCAAUAUCGAAAUUGACCAGCUAUACCGCUUGUCUUACCGUCUAUCAGUCACGUAUCGUGAACUGGCGGCGGGCUCCUCGGAACAGUUUUUCCCCACUGCCACCACUCGUCUACCUACUGGCCGUGAACAAGGACACUAUUUAGCUGUCUAUCUUGGUCUAUUCUAUCUCCGAGUGGCAUUCAUUGACUUGCUGGGCGAGGAGCAAGUAGGGAAACACUCACAUGUUCGACGAACGCUAGAGAAAGCGUGGCCUAUUGAGAAUCGGCUGCGCCAAGACCAGGCGGACUCAUUAUUUGCAUGGAUUGGAGAUUGUAUCGCAGAAGUCAUUCAUGAUGACCUAGCCAAUUCCAAAGAUGAUGCUCCAUCCGAGAUUACUGCUGGAAUCUCUUUUUGCUUCCCUAUCAAGCAAACGCUCCUCAAUGAGGCUAUUCUGAUGCCCACAGGCAAAGGGUUCACUCUAAAAUCUUCUUUGAAUCUUCGGCAGGCCUUGCUUGAUGGGUAUGAGUGUCAUACAAGACGCUCAGAUGAAGAUCCAGACGAGAUUCCCGCCAAGCGACAGAAGAAGUAUUGUCUCCCUAAAUUAAAACUUACCGUCAUGACUAACGACACGAUCUCAACUUUUGCAUCUCUCGCUUACUCGAUUCGAGUUUUACCCAACACGCGGGUCGUGAUGGGCCUCAUUGUUGGCGCCGGUUGCAAUUCAGCAGUACCCAUGAAAUUGACAGACCUCCAAGAAGCGAAAAUUCGACAUAUUCGAGAGAAAGAGCCAGAUGCCGAGGAUACCAUUGUCUCAACUGAGUGGACACUCCGAGGCUCAAGCGGACCUAUUCAAGAGCUGAAGAUUGUGAAUAAAUGGGAUUCGGAACUCGAUGCGCACUGCAACCGACCUGGUUUCCAGCCAUUGGAAUAUAUGGUUGGAGGUCGGUAUAUUGGAGAGCUAGUGCGAAUAAUUUGUUAUGAUUGGUUUCACAGCACAAAGGCAAUGCCUCGCUCCUCCUUACCUUUAAAGUUGGUGGAAGAGUACACUCUGAGCACAGAGUUUUUGUCCUUGGUAGUGGCACCCAGUUACUCUGAUGAAUACCUCGCAAAAGAGUUAUCGCAAGAGCUUCCAGCGCCAGAAUCCAGUGAAUGGAAAUGGACUGCGCAGUAUGCGGGUCAUCUACGGUCGAUUGCAGCCGCUGUACAGAAUCGAGCUGCUGCGCUAAUUGCCGCUGCGACUGUCGGCCUUCUCGCCUGCACACGCGAGAUCCAACUUCAAGAUACCGGAAAUCCUUGUUCAACAGAGGAUCCAUCAAAUAAAUUCCAGUCAACGUCAAAACGCGAGACAGAAGUGCCUGAAUUCGGAUCUUCAAUACCAGGCUGGCAAAAGGGACCCGAGGAGCUUGUUGUGGCGGUAUCUGGAGGUGUUAUACAACACUACCCUCAUUAUAAACAGACCAUUCAGCGAUACAUUGAUCGAUUGGUGAUAAAGGCAGGACCACAGAGUGAAGGGAAAAGUAUCUUCCUUCGAGAAGCAAGUGAUGGUGGUAUAAUAGGCGUGGGAGUUCUUGCGGGUACCGUCGCAGGAGAGAUACAGGGCAUCGUCGGCUCUACAAUGGAAGAGCAGGAAAAGUCGGAAGAGAAUUUGCAGGAAAGCUGUAAAGAUACGAAAUACUCUUCAUGUAUGUACUGA